AUGGAUAUGUUUGCAUCUCGUAACUGGUCCUAUAGACCAAGCUCUUUGUCUGCUGAAGCAAGUGCUUCUUCUGGUAAUACUGUCAGUGCCAUCCAAGAUUUUAAUGGCUUGAACAAUGUUAUCUCUAGUCGUCUUUGUACUCACAUAGAGACUCAGAAGGCUAAGAAAAGGAGAGGCGUUCCUGGAAAUCCUGAUCCAGAUGCAGAAGUAGUUGCACUAUCGCCAAAUACACUUCUUGCAACGAACAGAUUCGUCUGUGAGAUAUGCAACAAGGGGUUUCAAAGAGAUCAGAAUCUACAGCUUCACAGGAGAGGUCACAAUCUUCCAUGGAAGCUGAAGCAGAAAAACACCAAAGAACAGCAGAAGAAGAAAGUCUAUGUGUGCCCAGAGCCAAACUGUGUUCAUCAUCACCCAUCUAGGGCGCUUGGUGAUCUCACAGGGAUCAAGAAACACUUUUGCAGGAAACAUGGAGAGAAGAAAUGGAAAUGUCAAAAGUGUUCAAAGUUCUAUGCUGUUCAAUCUGACUGGAAAGCGCAUACUAAGGUCUGUGGUACAAGAGAGUAUAGAUGUGACUGUGGCACUCUUUUCUCGAGGAAAGACAGUUUCAUAACGCAUAGAGCGUUCUGUGAUGCAUUAGCAGAAGAAAGUGCAAGAAUCAUCUCAACUCCUUCCACCAAUCUCACAAACCCAAGCCCUAGUUUCCAUGAACGCCACUUUGUGCACAAUAAAUCUUCCUCUUCUUCCUUGCUCUUCACGUCACCUCCUUAUGUGAACCCUGCACCACAUUCCUCCACCGCACCAGCGCUCUCCGCAACAGCUCUCCUCCAGAAAGCAACCGCUCUCAGCUCUGGACUUCUCGGCGGAGGAGAACAAACGCGGUCAGCAGGUCACGACCGACACUUCACGACGGUCAACGAGCUUCUUGGUACUGACCAAAGUAUGAUGAUGACUCCCUCGUCUGAGUACGACCAGCUUGUUGUUGACGGGCUAACGUCCACAUGGCAGAAAGCUGACCGUUUGACCAGAGACUUUCUUGGACUCACGGGUCAUGGAGCGCACGUUAGCGUGGGACCCGGGGAUAUGCUGGAGUACGCAGGUGCUGUGUCGUUUCCUAUGUCAACGUACCUUACUGAAUCUCAUAAUCACGAGUCGUCGUCGUCGUUUCAGAAGGCUUACGAUCUGGGAUUCUCUGGGCCCCAUAAUAUGUAA